AUGGAAGGCAAUGUGAUUGAUCAGGUACAGAGAUACCUUCUAGACAGCAAAGCUGAGAAUCGUCAGAAGGGCGUUAGACUCAUGAUUACCAAGACUGACGCCUUGUUUCGUGAUUUCCCCUCGGAGGAUGCUUGUUCGAAGCUCCUCAUAGAACGAAGCCGCAUAGAGGAGAUAUUUUUAAAUACCCCCUCGGCAGUUCAACGACAUGGCGGGGUCGUUGCAUUGCGUGCUAUUGUAAAAGGACUACCCUCGCAGCAGUACCCUCCUGAGUUCGUACGACUCUUUUGUAUUCCAAUUUUCAAUAGUUUUAUGGAUGGUGACCCGGUCGUUCGUGUCGCUGCUACUGAAGCAACUUAUGAACUUCUGCGCAAGCUGAAUACGCAAGUCCUUCAGGUUGUAUUCAAAGAGCUGUUCGUCGCCUUGUCUUGCGCGAUAAAUGACAAAGAUUGCCGUGCGUCUCUACUUGCACGAGAGAUAUCCAACAUGCUUCGUGAACGUUUGAGCGGAAAUGAUGACUUCAGUCUUGAUCUCGGUGUGUUUGUGCAAUUCAUAUGUGAAACCCUUGAGCCCCACAGCAGCGCCUCGCUGCCUCCUGAGUUGCGACUCUCAACGAGUGGUUUUAAGGAGUCACUCGUAGUGCAGUGGGUUUUAGAAUGGAUAAGCCAUGUUUUAGAUAUGCCUGGCCACCACCUUAUCGACUAUCUUCCGGACUUCCUUCCAAUUCUGUUUGCGCUACCUAUGAAAACAACCGAGGACAUGCUCUGGAAGCUGUUACAGACCUGCCGAUCCGAGUUCAGAAAGGCCCUUAGGGUGGGAAGGUCUUCUUCUGACUCGGUGUGCAUCAUAUUGCGUAUCCUUAUAUCAAUCGUUUACACUAUAGAAUACCCUCUCUCAAAACGAUUAUGUUUUGAGUGGAUGUGUGAUCUUGUGGAUCAAGGCAACCAAGCAUCGGCGUCCGGUUCACAGAUACCUCUCUACGAUGCUAUGCUUCUCUGCGCGCUAAGACACGUAGGUUCUCUAGACUCUCAGUUGGAGGAAGCGGUACGGCGUGUGAAUAGUGAACUGAUGUCUGUUGUGAUUCGUUCAGGUGCUAAAGCAUCUGGAAACUCUCUUUCAAAUAUUCUGGUUACGAUUACAGAUUUGAUGGGUACUGGAAAAGGGUGUGCUGAAACUCACCUAGCCGCGCUUGAGUGGAUCAUAUUGUUGCACCAUCAAGACGUGAAACUUGUGGAAAGUUGCUUUGACGAUAUAUCAAAAGCCAUUCUCACGUUACUAGGUGAUAAAUUGACUAAAGUUUACACUAAGGCCAUCGAAGCACUUUGUCUCGUUACGAAUGAGAAGCAUUUGAAGUCGCUACUCGAUGGCAUAUUUCUCAUGGUUAGACAAAUGCCGUCCGUUUUACUUCCCCGUUUAUCGGACAUUUUGAAGCAGAUGCAGGUGUGCUUUGAGAGUUGCGAUCAGGCUGGGGACCAGUGUGACACAUUGCUGGUGGCGAUAUGCAACACACUCCCUGAAAUAUCUGAUAAGCGCUUCGUCUGCAAAUGCGUUAUCACCCUAAACAAUGUGCUGCUCACCAGUUCUGAGUUUUCCAAACUGCGCCAAGUACUGAAACAAGGUGUUGCGUCUUCAGAGCAGGUACGUAAUAUCUUUGUUCAAUUGGGCCGCGGUUGGAGUUUUAAUGGCGUCGCACUCCUCGCUCUGUGCUUGCUCACUCGCUCCUACAGACUGUCGUUGGCAAUCUGUCAGUAUCUUGGUGAAAUUGAGCUUUCCCCUAGUACUCUUUUCCAAGUCGAUCGCCUAGCUCAGAUGCUUGAGGGACCUGUGUUUUCAUUUCUUCGUGUGGCCAUGUUGACUCCGUUACAAUGCAUGCCGCUAAUCCAAACCCUCUUCGGACUCCUUCUCCUUUUACCACAGACUUCUCCACAGUACAAAAUAUUGUACAAUCGUUUGAAAGUGGUUCCUAGUUUGGCUCAACUGGGACGGGAGGAAAGUGGACCUGUUCCCCCUGGGAAAGGCCAAAAUAACGAAGAGGACAAGUUAUGGGUUGAGGUGCACGAACCCUUAUUUCAUGACUUUAAAAGAUGUCAAGAGCAUGUUACUGCCUUCGAACAAAGUGCUGAUUUGUAG